GAGAACCACAUCUUUUUGUAUUUAACUUCUAUCAUUCUAGGUGCCAUCCCCCUUACCGGGUGGAACCUAACAUUUUGCUUGCGUGCUCCCUUAGCUUCUCCCUGUCUAUUCAACGACCUGGAAACUCUGCUUUCUUCUUUUUCCAUCUCUGCUAAUUUGGGUGUGCCAUCUCACCGCCUUUCAAGAAGCGGCAAGAAAAAUUAAAGGGAGUUUUGAGAGCGAAUAGCUUGCAGAAGGAGAUUAGUUGCGAUAUAAUAUAGCUCGUGCACCAGGUGUCAACCAUAAAGAGACCACAGAUGGCAGAAAGCAGCCGCAUGUUAUAGCUCCCGGUUAGAGCACCUUCCGUCGUCUCCGUUGUUGCCGGAUCUACUCUUCUGGAACUUCAUAUAUCGAUCGAAUGGCAGAAAAACAUACUGAGUCAAUCCGCCCGGGAAUCACAGGCAGCUCCUCUCAUCUUGCUUCCACGUGCGGCAAUGAUUUUGUUGAGCUGGUUUGGGAAAAUGGCCAAAUCCUGGUGCAAAGAGGGUCAUCGAGCAGGACACCGAAGAGGCCUUCUUGCUUUGGUUAUUCCAUAAACCCCUCACAUGACGCUUACGACCAAGAUCACGGCAUCGCUAAAAGAGCAAGGCUAAACACUUUCUACUCGCUUUUGGACUCUUCCCAUCAAAAUUCCCCACAAACCAAUGACCCGUCUUCCUAUGCGUUUGAUUUGAAAUGCACCGAAAGCAACAGUUUCAGUAAUAAGCGCAGGGAUGAAUUCUCCGAUUUAAGAGCAGAAAGAGAAUCUAGUUCCAAGCCCACCGGGGGGGAUACUCAGUUAUGCUCCACUUCCUUACAGUCCCAGAAGCAUGACUUGGGGUCUGAUCAAAGAGUUGAAAAGAUUAAUUUCUCCAACUUCCUGAGACCUGCAUUGUUUUCCAAAUCUACUUAUCAGGGAAAUAGUGCAAGUGGGCAUCCAAACAGUGGCGUUUCGGCUAGGGUGGAGGAGAUCAAAGCAACUGAUGGUGGCAGUAGCAAAGCUCUUGAUCAUUCCGUUGUGAUUGACUCGGCUAAGGGAUCACAUAGUCCCAACGGAAUUCAUCCUGGCCAAGCAGCUUUUACUUCUAACAAAGCAAGCUCACCGACACCCUUUGAUGGAAAAAAGGAUCAGGAAACACUCCCUGAUGAACAAUCCGAAGCUGUUGGGUGCGAUAGGGCCCUCAAGAGUCACGGAUCACAUGGUCAAUAUCAUCAUCGCCAAACACACAGUAGAAAAGGAAAAACAGCCGCUGAGUUUUCUGAUGCACCCUUGGUAGCAUCUUCUUCUUUGUGCUCUCUUGGAGCCUCGAAUGACCCUACUAUUCGUAGUACGAAACACGAGGACACCGACGAUUCAGCCUAUACAACUGACAAUGAUGAAGAAACAGAAGAUACGACAACAAAGGAAACGCCGGCUCAAGAUGGUUCAAGAGGCAAGAGAAUCAGGAAUACGAAGAUGCAUAAUUUAUCGGAGAGGAAGAGACGAGAUAAGAUUAACAAGAAGAUGCGUGCAUUAAAACAGCUAAUACCUAAUUGCAAUAAGAUGGACAAGGCUUCAAUGCUGGACGACGCCAUCGAUUAUCUGAAGACCCUCAAGCUUCAGUUGCAGGUAUUGUCAAUGGGAAGUGGGGUUUGUAUGCCUCCAAUGAUGUCGAUGUUAGCAGCAGGAGGUUGUGGGCAGCAGUUAGGCUUAGGCAUCCCUUGCAGCCUCCCUCAUCAGUUUGCAGGUGGCAGUAUUCUUCCACAGCUCCCUCCUCACCUUCACAAUAGUCUUCAAAUGCUUCCUGGUUUCCCCAGUCAUGUGCUUCCCAAUAUUCAAUUCCCAAUUUCCCAACAGUCACCUUUCAUUUCCAUGCCCCCCAAGCCUAUCCAACCCUACCUCUCUUCCCACCUAACCACAUUUGAUCGCGACCCUGACCUUAAUGCACAGCUUGUUUCAGCCGCACCUAUGCCAAAAGUUGCUCAGGGAUCAAAUCCAAGUUGAUGCGCAUAGCUUGGGUGCAACGUUUAGAGGAAAUGAAUGGAGUUUGAAGUCGCUGCUGAAUCUUUUCAGAAUAAAGCAGUCAGAUCGAUCAGCUGUCCCGGCCGGCCGGUCUACAACAGCAAUAACCUUAUAGAAUGAGACAGUACUUGGAAGCCUGUCUGAGGACUCACAGAUCGAUAUGUAUAGGCGUAGGAGCAGCAAGAUUCACACAUCCAUUA